AUGAUGAGCGAAAGCGGCGAGAAGGAGGGACAGGGAGAUAACGAAUGUGUUGAGUCUGGAGCGGAAAGAACACAGAACUGGAGCAGCUACAAACUGCUUGUUGAUCCAGCGUUGGAUGGUGGAAAGGAAAAGCUCUACCGCUAUGAUGGACUGCAUUUCAGCGCACCUAAUCCUGGAAUUCACCCGCCAGAAGUUAGAGACCCCAGAAUUGCUCGCUUUUGGACCAAGUUUAAAGAGACAAAUCUUCCAGUCCCCAAGUUCAAGAUUGAUGAGAAUUACGUUGGCCCACCGAAGGAGGUGACAAUCGCCAGGCUGAAUGACAACAUCAAGGCCGGAUUCUUAACGGACAUGUGCCGAAGGUUUGGAGAGAUCCAAGAGGUGGAGGUUUUGUUCAAUCCCAAGAAUAAGAAACAUUUAGGAAUAGCCAAAGUCAUUUUUGAAAGUGUCCGCGGGGCCAAUGACGCGGUGCAAAAACUUCACAGUACUUCAGUUAUGGGAAACCUCAUUCAUGUGGAGCUGGACCCAAGGGGCGAGAAGAGGAUGCGAUAUUUCCAGCUGCUUGUCAGUGGGCUGUAUACGCCCUUUACUCUUCCUUUAGGGGAAGAGGCUUGGGGACCACAGUCCCCCACCUACAGCUCUGACUCCCACAAUGAGUAUGACCCGGUGAAGCGCCUGUCUCACGGGUUGCUGUCUUCAUCUUCUGUGCUCCUUGGCUCCACCCCAUUUGAUUGCUCCACCCCUAUGUCCAUGGAUACUGCCUAUUCCAGCAUGCAUCAGGAUACUCCAUGUAGUUUCUGGCAGGAUACGCCACACGGCUCACCUAUGUCUCAUAGUAACCCAGGAACUCCACAGCACUGCGAGGGCCUUGCAAACACAACAGAUACACAGGAUGAUACACACACUUCAAAAAACAUCCCAUAUUCGACCCCAUUCAUCAACUCUGAAUCCCAACACACCCAUCACAAACCUCACUUGGUCCAACUAACGCCGCAUACACCAAAUACGAGGCAGGGGUCUUUAAUUAACAUUACUCAAAUUUCUAAAGGGCACAUGGUAUCAGGAGGCCAGUCCCACAAAGUCAGCAGGGCUCCUCAAGGUGGGCACAGGGGUCGUGCUUGGGGCACUAAAUACCAGAAUGCAUAUAACCGUAGGCCGGAGCAUCACUACGUGCACAGACCUGGAUUCAACAGAUCUCACUAUCGCUCGGGAUGUAAUCUAGUGCCUUUAGUUACAUUUCAAGGACCUUCAGCUGCUCAGACACAACCGGGUAAGUCUCUGGCACCUUUUAUCCAAUGUAGUAGUAGCACAAAUAAACCUACAGGACAAACAGCCACAGAAGCAUCUAUAGGAAAUAUGGACAAGGAACCAAUUCUGCCAGUAUCCCAGGGGCGCAACUUGCAUCAAAUACAAACAUUGUGUUCACAGCCAUUGGGGAAAACUUUGGAUGUUCCUCAAAAAACACCUCAUAACAUCUUUAACUCUCCUCCUCAUGUGCCUGAGGUACAACAGCAGGACACGGCUGUGAUACAAACCCCAGAACAGUGUGUCUCCCCUGAGCCAGAGACAAGCCCUUCAACUGGGUCAUUUCCUCCAGAACCAGUGCCAAGCAGCCUGGACUCUCGUAUCAAGAUGCUCCUGGGCCCUCAGAGUCCAGAUUCAGAAGAGAAUGAGAUGAAUUCAAACUCAGAAGAUUGGGUUCCCCCAACCAUUCCUCAACGGUCCUCCAAAUCUGGUCCCCCUUCUCCUCGGUCCCCUGAUGUCUCCGCACAGCAAACUUCAUUUACAUUGGGUUUUGAAGAUGUGAGUCCUUUUCCUUUUCCGGACACGGCAGAGGAAAGAGAGGAACCUCAACCAAGUAAUGAGCAUCCGUCCAAGAUACCUGUCAUUUCAACCUUCUGUUCGGCACGCCCAGCUCAGCAACCUUCUCACCAAACAGCUACGAUUAAGCUGUCCCUAAGAGAAGGAGAAAAUUCAGAGCAGCCCCUUGGACCCGGGACCUGCUCUUCACCCGUAUUCUCCAUGCCUCCUCCUCCAGUUCUCCUCCCUCCACCGCCACCAGGCUUUCCUACCCUACCACCCCCAGUUCUGCCACCUAUGUGUGGACCUGCCCAUCGUUUACUGCCCCCUGUACCAGUCCGACUCACUUCCCCUCCUCCUAACCUCUCUGUAUCUCCAUCGACUUUCUACCUGGCACCAAAGCUCCCCAUGGGACAAGUGAACAGGCCCCCAAGGUGUACGACUCCUUCUGCGCCUCUUCCUAUCCCAACAAGAAUAACCCAGGGGAAAUCCCAGACUGUUUUCCCACCUCCUUUUGCCAUUCGUCCUCCCCUGACACACUUUCCAGGUGUGGAUGGAGUCCGACAUGCACCAUGUCCGACUUUUAAUUCAGCUGCUAUCCCAGGCUACAGAGCACUAGGGCCACCCGUACUCCUACCUGUGUUUGACCCCUCGGUGCCACCUCCGGGCUACUUCCCUGUGAGAGAGUCGCUCCACAAGGCCACGGUGGAUGGAGUGAUGGCUGCCGUUGCUGCAGAACUCAGGGUCAUAGUGAAAAAAGACAUUCAUCGCAGGAUGGUUGAAGGAGUUGCCUUUGCAGCAUUUGAUCAGUGGUGGGAUGAGAGGGAACACUCAGCUAAGAUAUCGAUGGUUCCUGUGAAAUCUGGAGAAAGUAAAGAGAAAGAGCCCGUGAAGCUUAAAGUUUUGCAUCCAUGGCAGACUGUGGAGAGUACGGGGUCAGAGGGCACGAUACUGGGCACAGGACUGGGUUUGGGCCUCCGCUCUGCCCUCAAAUUGCCUUCAUUUAAGGUGAAACGGAAGGCUCCAUCUGGUGACGACCCUGUGGAGGAUAAAAAGUCAGGCCCCUCCUGUUCACCUGAUCACACACUCUCAGAGGAAGCAGAAGCAGGACAGGAGACACGUAUUCAGAAUGAAGAAGUGGACAAGCCCCGGAAGGAACAGGGAGUCCCUGUGGUGAAACGGCGCCACGCCAGACCUCUGGAGCUGGACAGUGAAGAGGAUGAGGAACAGGAGGAGGAAGAGAAGGAGGAGAACUCUGGGAUUGUAGAGGACUUGGGUUCUGAACAAGAGGAUAGCAAGAAACCAAAGAAUUCAAACACUGAACAGGAGGAGGAUGAGGACGAGACAGAAGACGAAGGUGACAGAAAAGAGGGGAGGUUUUCAGCUGUGAACGGAGAAAGGAGAGAAGGGAGGCUUUCAGCUGUGAGAGAAGAUGAAACUCACUCAGACAAAGAGGUAAUUAGCAUAGCGUCAUCAGAAUCCUCCUCCAUCGUCGAUUAUGAAUCCACACUCUCCUCAAGAUCUGACUUGAGUUCCUCUGACGAGAGCCGUUACUCCUCUGACGGCGGGGAGUCUGAGGAAGAUUAUGCGGAUGAUGGGGAAAGUCCAUUAUCUGAAACACCUGAAGAGGAGAGAGCGGUGGAGGAGAUUUGGAUCUCGUCAGAUGAAGACCUUGAAGAACAUGUAUCUCGCACGCCUGCUCCUUCUUCUGUGAACUCCUGGGAGGACGAGCUCGACCCACCCCUGACUCCGUCUGCUCCACUGUCCAAUGAUGGCGACCCAGAUGACACACUGCUAGGCACUGAUCCACAGGGAGAGCUGCGAGUGCAAGUGUUUCUGCACAGCUACGGCUGCCAGGAUCCAGUCACACAGCAUUUAUCUAACAAACUCGAGCUGUCUGACCCGGCUCUGCUUCCUUCAGCCCUCGAGCUGGAGCUGCAGUGUCCGCCAUCGCCAGCUUAUAGAGAGUUCUCCUCGAAUGAGACAGAACUGGAGGAUUCAGGUUACACAAAUGAAUUAAUUGAGGAUUCUGGGAACCUCAGACCCCCCACACCAACAGGCUCCCUGUCGGAAAGCGAGCCCGAGCUCGAGCUUAGGCACAGGUUAUCGCCGCCCGCUGCCGACGAGGUGGAACUGCCCUGUACUCCUGGAGGAGGUUUUGAAACAGAGACCGAAACUCUUGUUUUAUCUCCGGCUCCUACCACUCCUCUCCCUCCUCCGCCUUCUCCCACGGGUUUCCAUCUUUUCCCCUCUCCUCCACUGCACUUGUCUCCUCUUCCUUUCCCAUCCUCUUAUCCUGCCUAUGAGGAAACUCCUAAAACUCCAGGCAGGAAUAACAGAGAGGAGCAGAUACAUCAUACAGCAGUGAUCACGCGAGAUGCAGUGCUCAGGAUGGCAACGCACAGCCCAUUCUCUCCAUCCUAUCUGUCAGUAUCACCUCACACAGGAAGCGGGGUUCCCAGAACUCCGGGACGAGACACGAAUCCAUCCUCGCCCCUUUCUGAGGACAGCGAGGUCAAUGUUCAGCAGAGGGAGCAUUGGCGAGGUCGGCGUCCACGCUAUUCGCACCAGAUCCACGUCCACAUCACCAGCUCCUCACCUUACUCCUCGGAUUCCUCAAGUUCAGAGACACAAGAUUUGAGCUUCUCUACAAAUCGGUUCUCACGUUUCGAUAUUGCACAUCUCAGAAAGCGAAGAGAACGGAUGCAGCGUAGAAGGAGAAUGAUCCUCUCCCAGAGAAACAGACAAAACAAGGAUGAUAUUCAACACACGCCCGUGCGCAGUUUAUUCACUAAGUCAUCAUCGUGUGACGCAGCUCCAGAUUUGAGCCUGGAGUUGGCAGCUCAGGCCAAAAAGCCACUGCAGGGACUCGAGAACCGAUUAGAAAACAGGAUUUACCAGGGCCCACUGGAGAACCCGAGACUUCCUGAACCACUGUUCCCAUGGAGAAAGAGAAAGUCCUGGCCUCACACUUCUUUGUUUGCCCCUCGAUCCAAACGGAGAGAAAGGCUUCUGAUCAAUGCUGUCUGGACUAAAGGAGUGAACAUGGAGGAGAUCCGGCAUCUGAAGGCCUCAUACGAGACGAUGCUGCUGCAAAACAACACCUUCGACUGGCUCAGAAGCACACACUGGGUUCCUCAUCCUCCGAGCAGCGUUCCUCUGGAAUGGCCACCGAAAUUGCAGAGUGGCGUUCGCUAUCACAUGACUGGGUCCGCGCGCACAGAGGGAUUUUACGUCAUCAGCAAGACUGACAAACUGCGCUACCUCCAACACACACACGCUUCCUCGGGAGAACUGACUGCAGACUCUCAGAACGCUCCAGCUCAGCUUCCCUCGUCGUCCCGUUCCGGAUCGGAUUUCCGAGCUGAACAGCGGCGCCUGCUCUCCUCCUUCAGCUGUGACAGCGACCUGCUCAAGUUCAACCAACUGAAGUUCCGUAAGAAGAGGCUGCGCUUCAGCAGGAGUCACAUCCACGACUGGGGAUUGUUUGCAGAGGAGCCGAUAGCUGCUGAUGAGAUGGUGAUCGAAUACGUAGGCCAGAGUAUACGGCAGGUGAUAGCGGACAUGCGUGAGAGACGUUACGAGCACGAAGGCAUCGGCAGCAGCUACCUGUUCCGGGUCGACCAGGACACCAUCAUCGAUGCGACCAAGUGCGGCAACCUGGCCAGGUUCAUCAACCACAGCUGUAACCCAAACUGCUACGCUAAAGUCAUCACCGUAGAAGCCAAAAAGAAAAUAGUCAUCUAUUCUCGCCAGCCGAUCAGCGUCAACGAAGAGAUCACGUAUGAUUAUAAAUUCCCCAUCGAGGACGAGAAGAUCCCCUGCCUAUGUGGAGCCGAGAACUGCAGAGGAACCCUCAACUAGACAACGAUUGUACCGUCGUCUAGUUGUCUCGUUGCGGCACUAAACCCACCACUAACCAUCCCAUGACUCAUAAAGACAUUGCGAUUCUAUUUUAAUCACCACAAGUGAUGUAAGUAUAUACACAGUCCAUCAGUUACAGUUCACCAGAGACUUGUAAUGAUGUCGUUAAUGUAAUGGUUAUCAUUUAAUUAGAAAACUUAACCAACCGUCCAUCUCGGGAUUUGAAUCCAGAGGUCGUGUGUACACAGUUCAUUGCACAGCGCUGUACAGUUGUUUUACUUUAAUAUGCAUAAAGAAUUUGAAUUCAGAACAUCACACAUCAGACUGU